UAAACUACACGAUGGAAAACAAGAAAAUAUUACGACAAUUAGCAGAAGAAAAAUUAAAAGCAUUUGCGACUGGUAAUAUGGGAAAACCGUUACAAUCAAAGAAAAAACUUAUGGAACAACGUCAUCGAGAAGAUGAAGAGGCCGUUGGUCAUGUAUUUCAAGAAUUCUUCAAUACUUUUCAAGAACCAACAUCAUCAACCAAUGAAAAAGUUUGGAUUAAAGGAGGUGUAUAUAAUCCCGAACGGAAAAAAGAAGAUCCAAAAGAACGCGGUCGUAUUUAUAAACCAACGGCAAAAAAUACGUCAUCGAAAGAAUCAUCAAAUUUAUCCGUUGACAAACUUCGAGAAUGUACAAAAUUAGUCAACAACGAUUCCAAAAUGGAUUUGUUUCAUAAGAGAAAAGACAAAGAACCGAAAAAAAGUAAUUUGGAAUUAUUAAAAGAAGAAAUGAAACAAAGUCAAGAAGAACGUGAAGAACGCCAUAAACUCAAAUCAAUGAUAUCCACAAUUUCUGAAACAGAUUUUCAAUUAAUGUUACGAAAUGAAAUGGGUAAUUUUGAUGUUUGUGAUCCAAACACUACAAAUUUAUAUUUGGGUAAUUUAAAUCCAAAAUUAACGGAAAAUCAAUUAAUGGAAAUAUUUGGUAAAUUUGGUCCAUUAGCAAGUGUAAAAAUAAUGUGGCCUCGUACUGAGGAAGAAAAAUCACGUGGUCAUCAUUGUGGAUUUGUUGCGUUUAUGAAUCGAAAUGAUGCAGAACGGGCGUUACAUAAUUUAAAUGCUAAAAAUAUUAUGGGAUACGAAUUACGUAUUUGUUGGGGUAAAUGUGUUCCAUUACCGGUACAUCCUGUUUAUAUCCCUACAGCGUUUCAAGAACUUUCAAAACCUCCGCCUUUUUCUGGGUUACCAUUCAAUGCACAACCUAUAAAUCCAGAUAUUGCGAUAGAUAGAGAAGACAAACAUAAUUGGAAUAGUUUAUUGUCGCAAUCCGUAAUCAAGGUAGUUAUUCCAACCGAUAGAAAAAUUUGGUGUUUAAUUCAUCGAAUGAUCGAGUUUGUAAUUCGAGAAGGUCCACUUUUUGAGGCGAUGAUUAUGAAAAAAGAAAUCAAUAAUCCAAUGUUUAGUUUUCUAUUUGAUAACAACAGUCAUUUACAUGUGUAUUAUAGAUGGAAAUUAUUCUCGAUUUUACAAGGAGACAGCCUUAAAGAAUGGCGUACAGAUGAUUUUCGAAUGUUUGAAGGAGGAUCAAUAUGGCGACCUCCGCCAAUGAAUAUGUACACGCAAGGGAUGCCUGAACAUUUAAUUGAAAGUAAUUACAAAGAUCCGAGUAAAAGUUUAUCAACAGCGCAAAAAGAACGUUUCGAACAAUUGUUAAAUGCAAUCACACCAGAACGAUUAAAAAUUGCGGAUGCAAUGGUUUUCGUAAUGCAACAUGGAAAAGCAGCGGAUGAUAUUUGUAACUGUAUUCUGGAUAAAGUUAGAAAUACAACGAAUAUCCAUCAAACAAUAUCCUGUUUAUACUUAAUAUCCGAUAUUUUGAGUAAUUUACAGCAUAAAAUUCACAAUACGUCACAAUAUCGACGCGCAAUCGAUACACGUAUCUUUGAGAUAUUUAAUCAUGCGCACAAUUUAUAUAAAACUCAAGAAACUUUAGUAGGAUUAGGAUUUAAAGAACGAGUAUUUCGAAUGUUUGAUAUCUGGAAGAAGGAAACCUACUAUCCAAAUGAGUUUAUUAUACGAUUGGAAAAUAUUUUUGGAGUGUUUCCAACGUCGCAAACUAAUGAAAUAGAAAUGGAAUGUGAGGAUAAUAGUGACGAUGACGGUACACCGUUAAUGGACGAAGUUAUUGAGUGUACGUAUUCAAAAAAUAAAAACGAUAAUGGAUCAGAUCAUGAAGUAUUCUCAGAUUCUACUGAAGAUGCUGAUGGAGAAUCGUGGAAUUCGUCACCCAGAUCUAGUGGAAAAGAUGAUACACGCAUUCUGUCAAUACACAUCCCAUCAAAAUGGGAUUAGAAGAAACAAUGAUGUUAUUUCAAAUCUCUGACGUGUUUGAUGGAGUAUACCAAUUAAACCAGUUGGUAUAAACCAAUUGUUAGGCUAAUGCUUUCACAAUUUGUCCACAAAGUUAGUAAUUGCUAUUAAUAACUGGGAGUUGCAACCCGUCAACUGGAGAUAAUAAUUCGUAUUAAUUAAAAGAGGAAGUGGGCCAGAUAUUAGUAGUUCCAAUUUACACUACCAGAUGGCAAUAAUUGUGCUUACCAUUUUUAAAGCCAAUCAAAAUAUUCAAAUUUAAAUCAGAUAAUUAAAACUUAUCUCUUCUUAAAUAAAAGUUUACUGCUUUUUCAGUAGUUCCAAUUUGGACCACCAGUAUACUUAUCAAUUGUCAAUAGUUUUGGAACAGAUUUGAUUAGCAAUCAUCGGAUUAUACUUCUUUCUACUUUAGGGCUUAUUCUAUUUUAAGGGUGCUCGAUGAGGUCGAGUGUGCUCUCAUGCCAUGGGAGCCUAGA